AUGUCUCUCAAUAAUAAGAUCAAAACUCACUUUUUUAAAGUGUAUGCACCAGAUAUCUUUAAGUUACAGGAUAUCAAAGCCGAGUUCUACGAAAAACUGCAAGACCGACUGAAUGUUAUACCAUCCAGUGACGAACUAUUUCUACUUGAAGACCUAAAUGCGCGAGCAAACGGCGAUGUAACUAAUACUACUGAAGUUACUACUCCUACGACAUCAACAGCAGCUCCGACAACAACGGCAGAUCCGACAACAACAGCAGCUCCGACAACAACAGCAGCUGCGAUAACAACGGCAGCUCCGACAACAACAGCAACUCCGACAACAACGGCAGCUCCGACAACAACAGCAGCUCCGACAACAACAGCAGCUACGACAACAACAGCAGCUCCAACAACAACGGAAGCUCCGACAACAACGGAAGCUCCGACAACAACGGAAGCUCCGACAACAACAGAAGCUCCGACAACAACGGAAGCUCCGACAACAACGGAAGCUCCGACAACAACGGAAGCUCCGACAACAACAGCAGCUCCGACAACGACGGCAACUCCGACAACAACAGCAGCUCCGACAACAACGCCACCAUUAAACGCAGCGGAAUUAACAAAUACAACAACAGCAGCUCCGACAACAACUCCAGCUCCAACAACAACAGCAGCUUCGACAGCAAAGCAAGCAGUAGUAGCCCCAGCAAAAACAUCUUCGUCAAAGCUUAAGACAGAUGAUAAUAAUCGUCUGAGUGGUCGACACCAUCGAAUCGAUAGAACAAAGUUCGUUCCAUUCCGUAAAGCUUUCGGUCCAGACCAUAGGGGUAUGGGACCAAGAGGAGAUCACGGCGUUAUGCGAGGACCACAUGGUUGCCAUAAGGUCGAGAUGGCAACAUUGCUUUCUACUACUACGACAACAACGUCAGCAUCAAAUGCAGCAGAAUUAACAAAUACAACAACAGCAGCUCCGACAACAUCAGAAGAAAGUAUAGCAUCAACGACAACAACGCCAUCACCAAAUGCGGCAGAAUUAACAAAUACAACAACAGCAGCUCCAACAACAGCAGAAGAAAGUACAGCAUCCACGUCAGCAUCAGCUCUGGCAGCAAAGCCAGCGGAAGUAGCCCCAGCAAAAACAACCUCGUCAAAACUUAAGACAGAUGAGACGGCACAUAAUAAUCGUCUGAGUGGUCCACACCAUCGAAUCCAUGGAAUAAAGUUCGAUCCAUCCAGUGAAGCUUUCGGUCCAGACCAUAGGGAAUUGUCAAGAAGCAAAACAACCAUGCGUCCUUUGCUGCUGUUGGGAGUUUUCGCCUUUGCAUUAGUGUGCAUCUGUCACGCUGAUUCUGCUACUACGACCACAACUGAUGCAACAACAACAACAACUGAUGAUACAACCACCGAUGAUUCUGACGACACUACGACGACCACUGCCUCAUCUUCAACGACAUGUACCAACUCCUGUCGUCGUGUUCGUAAACCAGUUUGUGCUAGGGUCGGUGGCGUUAAACGAACUUUCCUUAAUCUCUGCUUCAUGAAAGCCGCUAAGCGCUGUGCACGCAUCAAGGGUAGAAAAAAUGUAGUAUUUUUGCAUCGAAAUGCAUGCACUCAAGUAGUGCGUAUACCUCGUCGUAUUGUCAAGCGUGCUAUCGCAAACAGGCGUCGUAAAGCUAACGGGAGGCGUCGAAGAACUGGAUAA